UAGAUAGUAGAGAUAACUAAGCAUCUUGCUUUGCUUGCUUCAAUCUUCAUCGUCCCUUGCAGAAUCGAAACACCACUCACUCUUUCACUCACUGCAAUCAUGGGUUGGCUGAGUCGGUUUCUAACGGCGGUGACUUUCUUAGCCGUCGGAGUAUUAUUCUCGCCGGAGACACUCGCUUCAAAAUCAACAGCUCUUUCAACCUACCUCAAACUCGCUCACCUCCUCAGCUUCUCCACCGCCUUCGGUUCUGCUCUCUGGGUCACCUUCAUCGGUGGAAUCAUCAUGUUCAAGAAUCUGCCGAGGCAUCAGUUUGGUAAUCUUCAGAGCAAGAUGUUUCCGGCGUAUUUCUCACUGGUGGGAACGUGUGGCGCCAUUGCGGUGGCUUCCUUUGGGUACCUGCACCCGUGGAAAACUGCUUCCACUAGUGAACGAUACCAGCUUGGGUUCUUGCUCUCUUCCUUUGCAUUCAAUCUCACCAACUUGUUUGUGUUUACGCCUAUGACCAUUGAGCUGAUGAAGCAAAGGCAUAAAGUGGAGAGAGAAAAUAAUGUUGGAGAGGAAGUUGGGUGGUCAAAAAAUGUGGAAGUUGCAAAGACAAACCCAAAGCUUGCAGCCAUGAAUAAGAAGUUCGGUAUGAUUCAUGGAUUAUCUUCCCUCUCUAAUAUCAUGUCGUUUGGAAGCCUUGCAGUACACUCUUGGUACUUGGCAGGUAAAAUUAAUCUGUGAAUCAAUUUCUGCCACACGUUCUAUUCGACAUGGCUGAGCACCUUAUGAAAAGUUAUAUUAAGUCAGGAUCCCAGUGUUCUCUUUAUCUGCUAGUUAAUCGUUUUACUUGCCAAGAAGUCUAGAAUGUCAAUUUGUGAAAUGUACCAUGAGAGCAUUUUACCGUAUCGAUUUACCAAGAAUGCCUGGCCAUGGACACAUAAUGUAAUCGCCCUAGUUCAUAUGAAUAAACUAUGUUGUCUGUGUACCUUUCUGUAGUCAAAGGUAACAAAUAUUGUAGACUCCAGCUGUUAUCAUAUGUUAGCAUUUGUUUUUCUA